AUGGCUCCAACCCCUUCCGAACCGACUGCAGAACCCAUCUCCACCGCGCUCGAAGCCCAACUCCUCCCCCUCAUCCACUCCCACCUCACCUGGCUCGGCGUCUCCUUCAUCCUCGACUCACCCCCCUCCACCCGCAUCAAAGUCCUCGACUACUCCAACCCCGGGAUCCUCUCCCAAGCCCUCACCACGCGCGCCACGCACUUCACCUGCAUCUCCCCGCACUCCUCGCACGUGGCCGCCUACGCCGCUACGCACCCUACCGGUGUAGCGGUGCAAGGCGACCUAGCCGCCGAGACCCCUGUGGACGCGGUUACCGGGCCGGAGAUGUGGAGCUUCGACCUCGCGGGCAUGGUGCUCGGCUUCCACCUCGCCCCGGACCCAGCGCUCGUGCUGAAGAGACUGACGGAGCGCCUCACAGCCGCCAAAGGCAUCCUGCUCGUCAUCGACUACCUGCCCCAUCCAGACGCCGCGGUCGUGGAGGCCGGCCUCCGCAAUCUCUUCACCGCCGCGGGGCUCGAGGAUUUCGCUUUCCUGAUCCCCGCGCCGCGCAUCGUGGCUGAGGAUGGGACCCCGAGAGCCGUGUUCAUGGCUAGGGGGAGACGGGCCCCGACGGCGUGGGGGAAGUUGGGACGGUGGUUGGGAGGGAUGCAGGAGGGGGUUGCGAGUCAGAGUUUCACGCCUAGGACUGUGAGGAGGGAGGGGUAUGGGGGGUUUGAUUUGAAGUCGUAUGGAAGCGGUGAGGGGGGUGGGGAAAGGGAGCAGGGGCAGGGGUAUGGGUGGUUGGAUGUCAAGAACGUCAAGGUGGAGGGGAAGGGGGAGGCGUGGAAUCCGAUGAAGCCGUAG